GGAAGUAGCUAUAGCAGUCUAGUAGUUGUUGUAACAAAUCUGAAAUUGAAGCUCUGUUUCAUGGAGAAGCCUUUUUAAAGGACCAUAGAUCUCCAUGUCUCCAAGCUCAAACAAAUAGGAACAAUAUGGUUUCCAUGGCAAACGCUUGUUUCCUCUGUCUUCUUCUCUCACCAGUCCUUUCUCUCCUUCAAGCUACUGCCAAGAAAACUUACAUUGUCCAUAUGAAUCAUAACUCCAAGCCUCACUCAUAUUCCACUCACAGUGACUGGUAUCAAUCUCUCACUUCCACCUCUGAUGCCAUUCUCUACACCUACACCACCGCAUUUCAUGGCUUCGCUGCCUAUCUUGAACCUGAAGAAGCUGAAUCUCUUAGAAACAUGGAUUCUGUCGUUAAUGUCUUUGAGGAUGUGCUCUACUCUGUCCAGACAACUCGCACCCCACAUUUCCUUGGUCUCAAUUCUAACUUUGCCUUGGCUGGUGGACGUAAAUUUCAAGAAAUCGAACAAGUUACUCAUGACGUUAUUGUCGGAGUUCUUGACACUGGCAUAUGGCCAGAGUCAAAAAGUUUCGACGACACGGGCUUACCUGAGAUCCCAAAACGUUGGAGGGGAAACUGUAACUCCACACUCGAUUUCGAUCACAAAUUCUGCAAUAAGAAGUUGAUCGGAGCUAAUUAUUUCAUGGAAGGACACAAGAAAGAAGCACCCAGAUCGAAGGAUAUUGCCUCACCUAGAGACUACGAUGGCCAUGGAACACACACUGCAAGUACUAUUGCUGGGUCGCCGGUAAAGAACGCAACUUUGUUAGGAUUUGCGAGAGGCACCGCUCGUGGAAUGGCAGCUCGUGCCAGGCUCGCAAUCUACAAGGUCUGCUGGAGCAGCGGCUGCUCUGGAGCUGAUAUUCUGGCAGGGAUGGAGAGAGCUGUUUUAGAUGGUGUAGAUAUUCUCUCUGUGUCUAUUGGCAUGACAAGUGUUGAACCACUUCCAUAUCUUCACGACCCAAUCGCUCUAGGUGCUCUCUGUGCAAUGUUGAAUGGCGUUUUGGUCUCUUGCUCAGCUGGUAACGAUGGACCUGCAAGAUCAUCUGUAAAAAACGUGGCACCAUGGAUUUUGACAGUCGGUGCCGGAAGUAUAGACAGGAACUUUCCAGCUUAUGCAUUGCUUGGCAACAAACGGCGGGUCACCGGCGUCUCGCUCUACAAAGGACCAGGAAUGGGGAGGAAGCCAGCCAAGUUGGUGUAUCUUAAGGGACGUAAUAGUUACAGCAAUUUAUGUUUGCCUGGGACGCUUGAACCAGCCAUGGUGCGUGGUCGAGUAGUGAUCUGCGAUAUAGGAGUUAUCAUUCCGGAGGAGAAAAGUCUGGUGGUGCGAAAGGCCGGAGGAUUUGGGAUGAUAUUAGUUGACAGUGUUGCAGCGAAGGCGUUGGAUACUAACAUUUUCUUGGUGCCCGCCGUGACGGUGGCGAAGAAAGAAGGUGAUUUGAUUAAGAAGUAUGUGAAGACUGAACCUAAUCCAACGGUUCUGCUAAGCUUCGGAGGGACGGUGGUAAAUGUAAGACCGUCGCCGAUUGUGGGAUCUUUUAGUUCUCGGGGCCCGAAUCCUGUCACACCACAGAUCUUGAAACCUGAUAUUUUAGCUCCUGGAGUUAACAUUCUAGCAGCUUGGUCUGAGGCCACAAGUCCAUCAGGCUUGAAGGAGGACAACAGGGUGACAAAGUUCAACAUCAUUUCAGGGACAUCAAUGGCCUGCCCACAUGCAAGUGGAAUAGCUGCAUUACUCAAAGCAGCACAUCCAACUUGGAGUCUAAGUGCUAUUAGAUCAGCUCUCAUGACCACUGCCUACUCUGUUGAUGAUACCAACUCAGCCAUAAUGGAUUCUGCAACUGCUGCAUCUUCAAAUCCAUGGGCUUAUGGUUCUGGUCAUAUUGAUCCAAAAAAAGCUCUUUCUCCAGGCUUGGUAUAUGAUCUAUCCACAGAAGAUUACAUAACAUGCAUGUGUACAUUGAAUUUUCCUCUCAGUUUUCUCCAAGCAAUUACAGAAAACCCUAAUCUCAACUGUUCUAAAAAAUUUAGUGAUCUUGGUGAACUCAAUUACCCAUCAUUCUCAGUCUUGUUUGGAAACAAGACAGUUGUUAAAUACACAAGAGAGUUAACAAAUGUGGAGGCUGCAAAGUCUAGUUAUGAAGUGAAAGUGAUUAGACCAGCAAAUGUAGCAGUGAGAGUAAAACCAAGUAAGCUUGUUUUCAAAAAAAUUGGAGAGAAGAAAAGAUAUGAGGUAAAAUUUGCAGCAAAGAAAAAUCAGAAGCCAAUGGGUGGAGUUGCUUUUGGUUCAAUUGUUUGGAGUAAUGUUAAAAACCAAGUUAGCAGCCCAAUUGCAUUUACAUGGACAUGAUUUAUAAGCCAUGUUUGUGGUUUAAUUUAUAAGUUGAGAAUAAUUUAGAGAAAAUAAAAAAUAAGAGUUUAUUUUGUUC